AUGCAGGAGGCCGAGGCCCCCGGGUUGCCGGAGGACGUGGCCUUCGCCGAGAGCCGCAUCCGGCCGGAGACGAUGGCGGCGGAGGACGUGCUGCACGACCUGGGCGUCAUCAGCAUGUACGCCUCGGACUCGCAGGCCAUGGGCCGGGUGGGCGAGAACUUCACCCGCCUGUUCCAGACCGCGGACAAGAUGCGGCAGUUCAAGGGCAAGCUGCCCGAUGACUCGCGGACCCACGAUAACUUCCGCGUGCUGCGUCUACCUGGCCAAGCUGACAUCAUCCGGGCGUCACCACGGCAUAUCGCACCUGAUCUACGUGAUCGACGUGCAGCGGGCGACAAGAUUCCCCGCAAGCGGGGCCAGGGCAUCACCCAGACCGACCUGCUGGCGGUCAACAAGACCGACCUGGCCCCGCACGUGGACGCCGACCUCGACGUGAUGCGCCGCGACCUCGACAUGGUGCGGGGUGAGCGCCCGUUCGUAUUCACCAACUGUCGCACCGGCGAGGGAUUGAACACGGUGCUGGACCAUAUUCUCGAUGCAGUCGGUAACCCUGAAGCGGGCUGCUGA